AUGAAGACAACAACUCCCAUAAUCCCACGCUGCUCCACCAAACUCAUUGUUUUGAUGUGCGAGGCCCAGUGGCAGAAAUUAGACACUUGCAACGGGAUGUCGAACCGGUUCUGGGGUUGGGGCCGAGAGGACGACGAGUUCUACAGGAGACUGAGGAAAGCCGAGCUCCAGCUGUUCAGACCGAGCGGAAUCACAACAGGAUAUAAAACCUUCCUCCACAUCCACGACCCGGGCUGGAGGAAGAGAGACCAGAAGAGAGUCGCAGCUCAGAAACAGGAGCAGUUCAAGGUGGAUCCGGAGGGGGGGCUGACGAACCUCCGGUACCAGGUGGAGUCCAGGCAGGAGCUGACCAUCAGCGGCGCUCCCUGCACCGUCAUCAACACCAAACUGGAGUGCGACCAGAACCAGACGCCCUGGUGUCUUCUGGGAUAGAGGACGUACUCAGGACGGGGGGGUCCGAGGCCCCGCCGGUCCACCUGGAGGGUUUUAUGAUCCGGCAGCGCUGCACGGAUCCUUCGUGGAAACGCUGGUUUUAAUGGUUGCAGCUGGAAUCAAUAAUGGUACAAACGUAUUGAUCAUUGAUUGAUUCCCAGGAUACAGUUCCUCCUCAUCAGGUACAUCUCAACAAUAAACCGGCUGAUGGUUUCAAACUGCUCAUGAACAGAACUCCUGAACCGACCGGACACGCGGGCGGGUCGGUGUCUGACCUCUGACCUCUGACCGCGGACACAGAGACGCUCUCAUUGGUCGGUCUGUGGUCUCGGUACCAGCCGGUGUGAAUGCGAACUUUAAGUGUGUUUAGUUGUUUUUGGGUUUGUGCAAACGGAGCCGAGUAGAAAGAAUCAAACUGUGAGUUCAGAUUUUUAAAGAUUUUAACAGAAAGUAGUUUGUCAAUAUCUCGUCUUAUUUUUAGUUUCCUGCUGAGUUUAUCUGCCGGGGGGAAAGCAGUAUGUGCUUUUAUUUUUUUAUAGUGUUUCUCUCUUGAACGGAGGUACAGAGCAUUUAAUUCACAGUUAGACUCCUUAUCUCAUCAUUAUCUUAUUGUCAUGAUGAGUAAUUAUCUGAUAAUCAGGAGAUAAGGCGUCUAAAUGUUUCCUUUAGUAGACUCAGUGUGUUUCUGUACACAAAGAAACUGGAGACUUUACUGAUUUCUGUAUCUCAGUAUUUAUAAUUACAAGAUCUUUUUCCUAAUUACGUCUCCAGAUUAAGUUUCUUUGGUGAACGUGUUUCUGUUCUGUACAAAGUAAACUGAGCCAAACCAGGCUGAACUCAACUGUAGCAGGUUAUCAGACGGUUUGUUAGCGGCAGCAACCUUCAGCCGGGAGCCGCGGUCACAUGACAUUAAUAUUUGAAUCCAACAUCUCUGAGACGUUGGUUGGUUUCCACUCAGCAGUGGAUUCGUCCAUCAACAGUUCGCUCUGUAAAUAAAAACCUUUGAUAAUGUUCCCAGUGCCAAAACAACCUCGCCACAAGCUUUAGAUCAGAUCACGUGAUCUUCCUCAGCAAAAUGGAGGUGGUUAACUCGUCCUUUAAAGGUUAUAUAUGAGAUAUUAAACAUUAUAUUCUCUAUAUACAGACACAGAGUCACAUGGUGUCUCUCUCCCUCUGUCUGUGUUGUAUCGCAGCCUCUCUGUGGUUUGUUUCCAUA